AGGUGAUGAGCUGCACUGCAUGCUACAUUAUCUAUGUACCUAGUGUCAAUUGAUGGUAGUAAGUUUCGGUUCUACGUAUAUGUAUAUACCUACGUGUAAACGUAUAUACGUAUCUUAUAUUCGAUCGCGGCUGCCAGAUGCCAUUAAACUCCCUCCAACGCCACCGGUAAACAACUCAAAGCUAUAACUUCGGGCUACUGGCAAGAGCACAUUGACCUAGACAACGGUGGAAUUCUCGAACAUCUGAAAGAGAGAGAAACUAGUACGACAACCGACUGGUAUGGCAAAUGCACCUACUUACCUUACGUACCUUGGGUACCUACUCAACUUAACUUCAUCGGAGCGUGCGUUGAACACAUUCGUGCCGUACAAGACGCGCCUUGCGCCUCUCACUUCUUUUACACAACUUUGUCAGGCUCUUUCCCUUCCUCUCGAAAACUUUUCUACAUACCGACCUCCCAACCCACCGAUCCCCAAUUCCUGUCUUACCCAACCUCCUCACCUCCUACUAUCAUACCGACAUAUUCACGAUGCCGUAUCAGCGUUCCGUGCAUGGCUGGCGCCAAGCAAUCUUGAUCGCGACUCAAUUGGUUGGUCUUCUUUUCUCGGCUAUCGAUGCAUCCAUUGUCUCGACCGCUCUUGUUACUAUUUCCAUCAGUCUUCAGGACUUCUUGGAUUCUCCAUGGGUGGUCCUCUCGUAUCUGCUAGCCUACCUUGGCUUCGCCAUCGGAUUCGCUAAGCUGAGCGAUAUUUAUGGCCGUUGUGAGAUUUUAUGCUGCUCAUGGGUACUCUUCGUUGGAUUUUCCAUCGGGUGCGCUCGCGCAACAACCAUGACCCAACUAAUUGUCUAUCGGGCAUUUCAGGGCAUGGGAGGCUCAGGCCUCUACAGUCUUAGCCAGGUCGUACUCUUUGAAGCAGGCCCUUCUGACAAACCGAGCCUGAUGGGUGGCUUGAUCGGUACCACUUUGGCCAUCUCCUACGUUCUUGGGCCCAUCCUCGGAGCCGUCAUCUCAUCGACGACAGAGUGGACUAUCAUAUUCUGGAUCAAUGUCCCAGCCGGCGUGGCCGUGGUCCUUGCUCUAUACCUAGCAUCGCCACCCGAAUCCCUACCUUACGAGAGAGGAUGGAAAUCUAUUCGGAGAAUCGACUUCCUUGGCAAUAUCUCGGUCAUAGCAGCAACCUCCCUGUUGGUAUUCUCUCUUCAAGAGGCCGGUGCAUAUACAUAUUCUUGGGAUAGCCCUGUCAUCGUUUCAGCUCUGUCGAUCGCCUCUCUCAGCUGGGUCGUCUUUUUCACCUGGGAGAUUUACCUUGGGCUGGCCCGAUCUACGCUAAUUGAGCCUAUCUUGCCCCUGCGACUCUUUUUCCGACGGGUGUACGCCAGCUGUAUAAUUUGCACAUUCUGCACCGGCUACAUAUAUCUGUCGAUCCUCAUCAUCCUGCCCGAACGAUUCCAGAUUGUCAACGGACAGAAUGCGCUCAACUCUGGCAUCCACCUGCUACCGAUGCUAGGUGCUACUUCUUUCGGUGCCUUCUUCGCGGGCGCCAUCUCCCGCAAGCGCAACAACACCUCUUGGACGCUUAUGGUAGCCCACGCAUUCCAGCUUCUAGGAAUCGGUCUUAUGUCUACACUCAAGGACGCCACUACCGAAACAAAGGCACAGUACGGAUUUCAGGUACUCCUUGGCCUUGGUUUCGGGCUGUCCUUCGGCUCGGGGACAAUCAUGGCAUCUGUGCAGUCUCACAGCCAGGACUUGGCCGUAGCUCAGGGCGCCGUAGCACAAGCUCGAGUCUUUGGCGGUGCUGUGGGAAUAGCUAUUUGUAGCAUCAUCUUCAACGGAAAGGUGACAACAGAGCUUGGAAGCAAGAUGGAUCCCGAUGAUAUGGCUGCAUUACAUCAUAGCCCGACGAUCGCCCCCUGGUUGCCGGAUGAUAUCAAGCUCCUUGUUCGAUCCGUAUACGCGUCGGCUUUCACUGAUGACUUAAAUGUCAUGAUUGCCAUAGCUGUCGUUGGCGUUCUUGCUAGUGUGUUCACUUACGAAAAGCACCCACCUGCCUUAUCUACGGCCUCGCAGGCUAAGGAGGCCUUGGGGAUUGACGUGCAGAGUGAUACGGAGCUCAGAUUAGUCAGUCACUAAUCGGGGCAUUGUUAAUUUAUUUGUUCUGCUUCCGUCUUAGGCUACCUAUACAGAAAGGUGGCAGUCUAGUUCAUGAAGUGUCACUGGACAACUGAAUAACGUUACUUAGCUUGGCUCUAGGAACAGGUUGCGUACCGGAAGCUACGUCGCUGGUAGAACGAGCAAUGGUAGCUCAGCAACCGCAUGUGGUGAGCUGAGAAACUUUGCUUCACCUUUGCGUUAUUCAAUUUUCGUGGUUUUUUUUUUUUUUUUUUUUUUUUUUAAGGUUUGAUGAUUAUCCCAUUCUCGUUGAUUCUGGUUAGGUAUUCCACCAUCGAUUAGGC